CAACUAUUUUGCUCUUUUGGCUGUUACUUACCUGUAUAAAUAAAGAGGUACAUAGUUCCCUUGAGACAUAUUCAAUCCAUCCAUCCCACAUUUUUAUUAUUACCAUUAUUAUGUAUUCUGAAACACACUUCCAUAUUCAGAUUGUUUCCAUUUCCACCAUCCUUUUUCAUCAUUAAACCUUCCUGUCUACGGGAAGGCCUCAAGAAAUAGAAUAAGCCCGUGUCUGCUGCUUUCAAGCUUUUCCCACCUUUUCCAUUCUAAAUUAUAAUUUGGGGACCAUCUAGCAAGCUAGAUUUCAACCCCCCCCUGUCAAUCAGAUCCCCAAUACACUAGAAAUUUCCAUAUUUUUUUUUCUUUUUCUUUUUCUUCUAAAUAAUCAGAUCGUUCAUCAUAGGAUCAAAAUGAAAAUGCCAGUCGUGGUCCUGAGAUGGGUUUCCAACUCCAACCAAAUUAUGCUAGUAUUAUCACUAAUAUUGUAUUGUAUGUUGUCAAUAGUGCUAGUGUCCUCGUCUGAAGCUCAAACAGAAACUGGAGGAGGAGGAGGAGGAGGAUCCCCUGUUUGCGCAGAAGCAGAUAGAGCUUCCCUUGUGAGCUUCAAAGGCAGAAUCAUCAAGGACACAACAGGAAUUCUUUCUUCAUGGAUAGGCAGAGACUGCUGUGGAGGAGGUUGGGAAGGUGUUGAGUGCAAUCCAGCUGGGAGGGUUACUGUGUUGCAGUUGCAGAGACCAGCUACGGCUACUGGUGAUGCUGCUGCAGAUAGAGACUCUGGCCUUUACAUGAAGGGCACUCUCUCCCCUUCUCUGGGCAAUUUGAAUUUCUUGGAGGUAAUGGUAAUCAGUGGGUUCAAGCAAAUCACAGGUCCAAUUCCUGAGAGCUUCUCUAAUCUCGCCCACCUCACCCAAUUGGCCCUUGAAGACAAUUCCCUCGGAGGGAACAUUCCUCCAGGUUUAGGUCAUUUGUCCUCCCUCCAAAGCCUCUCCCUCAGCGGCAACCGUUUCAGGGGUCAGAUUCCCCCAACCCUAGGCCAUCUCACCAAUCUCGUCCAAAUCAAUUUAAAAAGCAAUUUCCUCACUGGUCCAAUCCCUCCCACUUUUCAAAAUUGUCAUGCUUUGCAGUAUCUUGAUCUCAGCUUCAAUAUGUUGUCCGGCCUCAUUCCAGAUUUCAUUGGUGGCCGCUACUUACCAAACCUCACUUUGAUUGACCUCUCCAAUAACCAGUUUUCUGGUCAGAUGCCGAUUUCCCUCUUCAGCUUGCCCAAGCUUUUGGACCUCUCUCUGAACCAUAACCAGCUGACCGGCAUAAUCCCAGUCCAGGUGGAGGGUCUCAAAUCCCUUACCAGUCUUUCAUUGAGCUCCAAUCGCCUUACCGGCCACAUUCCCAUUUCCAUUUCAAGGUUGCACAACCUCUGGUACCUAAAUUUAUCUGCCAAUGGGCUUUCAGACCCUCUUCCCUCUACCCUUGCCACGGGCAUUCCUUCUCUCUUGUCAAUAGACUUGUCUUACAACAAGCUCAGUUUGGGGAAAGUUCCAGAUUGGAUCAGGAGCAGACAGCUUCGAGAUGUUCAUCUUGCCGGCUGCCAGUUAAGCGGAACCCUCCCAAGCUUUGCAAAGCCUGAUUCUUUCAACUCCAUUGACCUCUCUCAUAAUCAUUUUACUGGUGGAAUUUCAAACUUGUUGACCAACAUGUCAAGCCUGCAGAACCUCAACCUCUCCAACAACCAACUCAAGGCUGAUCUUUCAGAAAUCAAGUUGCCCGACACCCUUUCUUCCCUAGAUGUACACGCAAAUCAGCUCACCGGAUCUCUCUCAGGGUCGACAGGAAUCUUAAAUGACAGGGCAAGCAGCUUUUUGGAGUUCGUAGAUGUAUCCAACAACCAAAUUUCUGGUGGCAUCCCAGAGUUUAGGGAAGGCUUGAGGCUGAAAGUGCUCGACGUAGGAAGCAACAAGAUCGCUGGUCCCAUCCCCAACUCAGUUUCAAACCUGGCUCAACUGGAGAGGUUUGAUAUAUCAAGAAACCAGAUAACAGGCACCAUCCCCACAAGUUUGGGGUUGCUGGUGAAGCUUCAAUGGCUUGACGUGUCCAUCAAUGGGCUCACUGGAAAGAUUCCAAACAGCCUACUGGGGAUUGAACGUCUCAAGCACGCAAGCUUCAGGGCAAACAGGUUGUGUGGGGAGAUCCCACAAGGGAGACCAUUUAACAUUUUUCCUGCAGCUGCCUAUCUGCACAAUUUGUGCCUUUGUGGCAAGCCUAUGCCACCUUGCAGGCAGAGCCAGUAAGAAGCUGACUCGGGUGCAGGAGCAGGAGCAGGAGCAGCCCAUACCAUAUCACCAGUUUCAUUGAGACAUGAUCAUAAAUUAAUAUAGGAAAUAGGAUGUCUACUGCAAUUGUAACUUGCAACUUGCAAGAGCCAAGCCCAGCCAAGAGAUAGUCACUUAUUAUCUGUUUCUUUUUACAUGAUUAUCCUAUUCAUUUUAAAUUUAAGAAACCUUGUUUCC